AUGCCUAAAGAAUUUAAAUUACCAUCUCAUAAAGAUAUCUGUACUCCCAUGUUCAUUGCAGUUAUUCUACAUAAUGGCAAGUUACGGAAACAACCUGAUGGUGUCUGUGUCUUUAAAUGUUUACUCAACAAAGACACUGAAUAUUGCCGUGUGGGCAAGGAGUCCAUGUUGAUUACUCUGGGGUACAACAGUGCUUUGCUGAAGUUCGAGUCUCAUGAUGAAUUCAAUGCAUUUUCAAAUACCUUGAAAAGAUGCUGGAAUCAGAAAAAGGAGUUCUCAGUGUUCAGCCAGAGGACAGAAAAGGCGUCUGCUGUGCAGUACUUCCAGUUUUACGGCUGCAUUGCCCAGCAGCAGAACAUGAUGCAAGAUUUUGUGAGGACGGCCACUUACCACAGAGCCAUCAUCCAGAACCACGUUGACUUUAGAGAAAAGGUUGUUCUAGAUGUUGGUUGUGGAUCAGGAAUCCUGUCAUUUUUUGCUGUACAAGCAGGAGCUAGGAGAGUUUAUGCAGUAGAAGCCAGUUCCGUAGUACAGUAUGCCGAGCUGCUAGUGAAAAAUAACCACCUUUCAGACAAGAUCAUUGUUUUGCCAGGAAAAAUUGAAGCAAUCUCACUUCCCGAGGCUGUGGAUGUCAUCAUUUCUGAACCAAUGGGAUACAUGCUGUUCAAUGAGAGGAUGCUGGAGAGUUACCUUUAUUCCAAAAAAUGGCUGAAAUCAAAUGGAAUGAUGUUCCCGACAUUUGGUGACAUCCACUUGGCUCCCUUUUCUGAUGAACAGCUCUACAUGGAACUCUACUCCAGGGCCAACUUUUGGUUCCAACAGUGCUUCUACGGGGUCAACCUGUCCAGUCUCCGGGGUGCAGCAGUGGAUGAAUACUUCAGACAGCCAAUAGUAGACACAUUUGAUGUUAGAAUUUUGAUGGCUCGAACAGUCAAGUACACAGUAAACUUUCUGGAUGCAGAAGAGGAAGAUCUGCACAGAGUAGAAAUCCCCUUUGUGUUUCAGAUAGUGCAGUCUGGCCUCAUCCAUGGUUUGGCAUUCUGGUUUGACGUGGCCUUUGUUGGAUCUCUGGUAACUGUUUGACUGUCAACAGCCCCAACUGAGCCUUUGACUCACUAGUAUCAGGUGCGAUGCCUGCUUCAGACUCCUCUUUUUGCCAAGGAAGGAGAGACUCUCUCGGGAAAAGUGCUGUUUGUAGCCAACAAACGUCAGAGCUAUGACAUUCAGAUUGUGGCACUGGUGAACCAAACAGGCUUCAGAUCUGGGAAUAUCCUUGACUUAAAGAAUCCAUUCUUUAGGUUUGCUUAGAAGACAGUACAAGCCAAGCAAUAAGUAAAAUGAAGGCCUGUGAAAUCCAUCGACAUCCAAGUUCAGACUUCAUGUUCUGUGCAUUCU